AUGGAGUUUUUUCAGAAGGCUCGAGCGGUUCGUUUACGCAGCCACCACGACAAAUACCUAGUCGCCGAAGAAGACGAAGAAUCCAUCACUCAAGACCGUAACGGAUCCGCCGGUGCAGCCAGAUGGACCGUCGAGCCAGUCCCUGGCUCUACCCAUAUCAUCCGCCUCAAAAGCGCUUACGGCAAAUACUUAACGGCGUCUAACAAACCGUUUCUCCUCGGAGCCACCGGAAAAAAAGUUCUACAGACUAAUCCGAGUCGUCUCGACUCGUCUCUUGCUUGGGAACCGAUCAGAGACGGUGCUUUGGUCAAGCUCAAGACUCGUUAUGGUCACUACCUUCGUGGUAACGGUGGUCUUCCUCCGUGGAGAAACUCCGUCACUCACGACAUUCCUCAUAGAUCAGCGACUCAAGAUUGGAUUCUUUGGCACGUCGAUGUCGUUGAGAUCCUCUCUGAUCAACACCUUAACCAGCCUCCGUCUCCGCUUUGCCAUUCCGAUUCCCUCGAUUUCAAUCCUGGAUCUCCUUCCAGAUCUGGUCGGCUCUUCAGACAGGAGUCAACGGAUCCAGUGGCGGUUGGUUCGCCGCCGAAAUCAUCGGAAGGGAGAGUGAUAUACUACCAUGUGGCUGAUGAUGACGGCGAAGUUGAAGAUGAUUCUGUUGAGGUAAACUCGUUUACUUUCAAAGGCAAUGGAGUUGAAGAGCUGACUAAGAGAUUGAAAGAAGCGAGCAAUGUCGAAGAUGUUAUUGUUUGUACUCGUAGUCCUUUGAACGGGAAGCUAUUCCCGUUGCGUCUUCAACUUCCACCGAACAAUGCUGACAUGACCGUCGUCUUAGUCCCAAUCUCAUCAAAAACAGCAGAAGAGUUCAUCAAGUGA